AUGAAGGUUGAGAUCGUUAGACCUUUUGCAUUCUUGGAUAUCUCCAUAGGUGGUAAACCUAAAGGUAGAAUAGUGGUGGAAUUGUUUGAUGAUUUGGCUCCCAAUGCUACUACCAAUUUCUUCAAUCUUGUUGAUAAAUCUAAAACACCAAAUUUUGUAGGAAACUAUUUCCAUAGAGUAGUGAAAAAUUUCGUUAUACAAGCUGGGGAUGUUGUGAAUUGUAUUCCUGACAAAGAUUACGGAACUGACGUUGGGAAAGGUAACAUUUCAACUAUAAAUGAAGGAGAACCAUUUGGAAUUGAAAAUGGUGAAGAAAUAGAUGGUCCUUUCAAAUUAUGUACUGCCAAUAAUGAUCCUAAUGCAAAUGGGUCACAAUUUUUCAUCACCACAUAUCCUAGUAAGCACCUUACUGGGAAGCAUAGUGUUUUCGGUGCCGUAAAGCAUGGAAAAUCAGUGGUAAGGGAGAUAGAGAGAGUCAGUACCAAUGAUGAUAAUGUGCCUAAACCCAAUGAAAAAGUAGUAAUUGAAGAUUGUGGAGUUUGGGAUGAAUCCAUGGAUAUUCCUAUUUAUAAUGCUUGUUAUGACCCUAUAGGGGGAGAUAUCUAUGAAGAAUACCCUGACGAUGAUGAAAAUAUCGAUAAAGAACUGUCUGAAUCAGUUUAUAAUGCUUCCGUAAUAAUGAAAGAUAGUGGAAGUCAAUUACUCAAACUAGGAAGACUUCAAGAUGCUUUAUUCAAAUACACAAAAUGUCUUAGAUACGUCAUGGAGUAUAUUCCUGAUGAUGAACAAGAACCUCAAUGGUACGUGAAGUAUUAUGAUUUAAAGAAGAAGUUAUAUUUGAAUAUGUCUCUAGUCAAUCUUCAAUUGAAAGAUUAUAAAAGAGCCAUUGAUUUCAGUGAUUAUUUACUUGACAUGAAUAACUUAAAUAAUCAAGACAAAGGUAAAGGUUAUUAUAGAAGAGGGAUGGCAGAAUUAUCUUUAAACAAAUAUGAAUUGGCAGUAAAAGACUUCACAGAAGCUGUAAAGUAUGUUCCUAAUGAUAAGAAUAUUCAACUUCAAUUGGAAAAAUCCGAAAAGUUGAGAGAUCAAAAGAAAAUGGAUGAAAAGGCCAAAUAUGCCAAAUUCUUUAAAUAA